GACAAAAAUGUGAAACUCUGUAUUCGAUCUAAAGUCUGAACCCUCCUCAGCAUGAAAAGUUGGCAUCCAAUUCCCACAUUCUAAAUCUAUCUUGUGUUCUUUUGAAUCAAUUAUGAUAUGAUCACUCUCACUCUCUCUUUCAUUGCGUUACCACAGAGACCACUGUUAUAUUCCAACAAUAAGAACUAGUCAACGGCCUCUCUAAUUCGUUCCUCAACUAUCUUUAACGUUAUCCAUAUUCUGGGUUUUGCUCUCUCUCUCUCUCUCUCUCUCUCUUUUUUUUUUUCUUUUUUUCUUUUUUCUUUUUCUUACUAAACUCUCCAAUGGGUCGUAAGCACAACGAACCAAACUCCACUCUGUCGAACCGUUUGAUUCUCCUCGUGGUGUGCUUUGCUUCGUGCGGGUUGGUCUACACCUUCCUCUCUUCAGUGCUCAGCAGAACCUCUUCCAUUUCAAAGUUUGGGACGUCGUUGGCAUUGGUUCAAGGCGAUGGUGCUGUUGGUUUGGCGGCGCAGAAUGUUGGAGGGUGUUGCAGAGGGGUUGAAAAUUCGGAGCUUUGGGGUGCAGCUGUGAAGUGGGGUUCUGAUUUCAAGUUCAACAAUUCCGAAGGGUGCUGCAACGCUUGUAAAUCCAUGUGCACUGGGAAUGAUGGGCCAUGCCUUUGUGAUACGUGGGUGUUUUGUGGAAAUCGUCAGGCUUGUGGAUCUAAGUUCGGUGAGUGUUGGUUGAAGAAACAAAAGGACAGCUUAGCUCCUGAACGGCAAGAAGGAGUGCAUGCAGGGGAAGAAGUUGGUUGGACUUCUGGUCUCAUAUUCGGAAAAGGAGAGGGUAUUAUAGGAUUGGAAACUGAAUAUGGGACUCUUCAUGUGAAACUUUUCCCUGACUGUGCCCCACAUUCUGUUGCCUACAUUCUAGGAUUGUUGGCUUUGUACCAUUGUGCAGGCUGCCAAUUUUACCGUGCAGAGAGCCGAGGUCAAUCGUGGGAUUCAGAAGGAAAACAUAUAAAGAAUGCUGCUUUUGGUCCCCCUUAUGCAUUAAUUCAAGGGAUGCUAGAAGCUCAAGGCACAACAUUCAAUGCACUUCCCGUGGAAGAUUGUCCAACUAUUAGAAGGGGCUCAGUUGCUUGGAUUGGUUCAGGCCCAGCUUUCUUUAUUAGCCUAGCUGACCAUGAAGAAUGGAAACAUGAAUACACUGUCUUUGGUUCUGUUCUUCCAGAAGAUUUGAAUAUUGCUGAGAGAAUUGCUACACUCCCCACAGUAUCUGAUGUUUGGAACAAUGUUAACGUGUCCGUUUUGGAAAAACCUGUUCCCUUGUUGCUGCGAAGAAUCAAGAAAAGUCACGAAGAUUGAAAAUUCGAAACAAGCUAUUGGUGCAUGUACAAUUGCAAUUCUUUUGGCUCCAAAGCUUAUAUAUAUUUUAUUCUGCUUUCACGUCAUGUUGAUAUAACGUUUGCUGUGACAUCUUCACUGUGUUUUUUUUUGUUUUUUUUUAUUUGGCAAUCUUCUUCACUUAUUUUAUUUUGUUUAUACUUUUUUCGGAUGAAUGUUUACCACAACUGGAAGUAAUGAAUUUUAUGUUGAGAAAGGCUUAAGAAAGGGAAU